AGACUGUCAGGCCGGUUAGAACUAGCGAGGUGAGCUACCAGAGUUGCUUAAUUAACCACUUUGCCCAAGGGUAACGAUGGUGGGGGUGGUCGAUGACGAUUUUAGUCACGCUGAUAGCGAUGGAAAAUUCCAAAGUACUAAUAGAAACCCUGCGCCCAUGGUUCAUGGAUGGGGAAAGAUGGAGGUUCAUAUCCGAGGUCUCCGAUCCGCCCACUGUACCCAAAGAUCGAGCUCUGGUGGAGGAAAAGAGCGUCUCGAUCCAAGGUCUGCCAUGCCGAAAUUGCCCACUUGCCGCCCGUGACCCCCUUAAUUCAUGCCUCAUUCCCAAGGCAUUUUAUUCCAGCCGAAGGAGAAUGUUACGGAGUCCGGGAAUAAUACAUCCCCAUCAACUCGAGACAAUCCCCUCAAAUCUCCUUCGCAUACCGGGACUCCGUACGAGUCGUAAUAUCCCCAUAGCACGGGAGAUCGAUCGAUUUCUCGAUCCGUGGUCCAUGCCCUCGAUGCAUCGCUCUCCUAUUAGAGUCAUUCCAAGUUGGGCUUCACCGUCUACUGUUAGCGAAGUUUGUCUACCCAGACCCCAAUUGUUGGUCGUGGAUCCAUCGAACCUGUAGCACACGAGCAUCAUCAGGGCUCCGGGUGUUGAAUUCACGGCAUUAAGACCACCACUAUCUAUCCCAUGAACCUGGAAUCCGCUGUGAU